CGGCAGCUCCGUAACUGAAGUCUAAAUAACAAUUAACAAUUACCUAUCCGCGAGCGUAGCGAAUCGACUCAGCAAAGUAGUUGAGAGUAACGAAGAGAAGACGACGGCUCUGAAAUGGCAUCUGCAAUUGUUAGAUCUGGCCUCCGCUCCGCCAUCCGCGGCGGCGCCUCUCGUACAGCUCCAGCUCCGGCAUCUAAGAGAACUUUUUCCGCCUCUGCCUAUCACGAUGAAGCCGCUGAGGCUUCGAAGUGGGAGAAGAUUACAUACCUUGCGAUAGCCACCUGCUCUACUCUCUCAGUCUAUAACCUCUCCAAGGGUCAUCACCACCAUGAAGAGCCUCCUUCUUAUCCCUACUUGCACAUUCGCAACAAGGAGUUUCCAUGGGGUCCAGAUGGUCUUUUUGAGAAGAAGCACCACUGAUGUCUGAUGAUCGUAAUCUGAAGGAGUCGAAUAAUGGUUGUUCAUCUUUGCUUUGGCAUCAUUGGAGGCUGUAUUGUCAAAAUUAUCUUGGACAUUAUAACGGGCUGUGUUAUUUUAGUUACGUUUUGAAACGAGCAGAUGUUUUCUUUUGGCAUGCUUUCAAAUUUCGUGUUUCAUUUUUUUUAUUUUGUUUCUUGCAAUCUGCUCUAUUCAAAUAAAUUUGACGAUAUUGUUGCCAUCAUGCUUCACUGGGAUACAUGUUGGGUUUUGGUUUUGGAUGCAA